UAUAUUUAAGUUUGCCGGGUGGUUCAUACGCGCGUGUGUAUAUAAUUUAUGUAAACUUAUAAGGCAAAACAACUGCUGAAAUGAUGAUGGGGAUGAUCAUGAGUGGUGUUCAACUUAUGGAAAUGUUGCCGUUUUCGGUGAUGGUGGUAAUGGAAGGUUGUACGAUUAUCUUAACAAUCUGGGCCAAAACUGCUAUGACAGAUUAUGACAUGAGCCCUUUCGUGUUUGUUGUUUACACUCAUGUUCUAUCCUCGAUCAUCCUCCUCCUCUCUACUUUCGUCUUCAACUGCAGAAGUAGAAGCGCAACACAUCCAUCACUCUUCUCCUUUGGUCUCUUCGUUCGAUGCUUCCUCCUGGGUUUAACAGGGAUAGCAGUAUCUCAAAACCUUGCAUUUCUUGGCUUGAGUUACAGUUCUCCAAUUCUAGUGUGUGCUAUGGGCCUAAUGCUACCUACUUUUUCCUUCUUGCUCUCUGUCAUCCUCAAGAGGACAAACGCAGAUUGGAGAAGCCCAACUUUCCAAGCCAAAGUACUUGGCACUGUAAUAUCAAUCAUGGGGGCAGUAAUAGUUGAACUCUACAAGGGUCCUUAUAUAAGACCAUCUUCAGUUCUGUCCUCUUCUUCAUACAUGGUCUUAUUUCAGAAAGCAGGACAGUAUUUAAAAUUCUCCUCAUCAGCAACAGAACAUUGGGUUCUUGGUGGACUUUUAUUGGUAGGAGCCUCUAUAUCUGUCUCAGUAUGGAACAUCAUUCAGAUGGGAACUAUGAAACUAUAUCCGGAAGUGGAAGUAAUGGAAGUGGUAUCAUAUUAUAGCUUGCUUGGGACUAUCCAGUGUGUAAUAUUCUCUUUAUUCAUAGAAAAAAGCUUAAGUGCUUGGAAAAUAAAGCUCAACAUGGAUCUCCUUCUCAUUGUUUUAACAGCAUGUUUUGCGGGUCUAGUCCGAAGCCAUGUACACAAUUGGUGCAUGAAAUUGAAGGGAAUACAUUAUGUGCCAAAGUUCAAACCAUUUGGCAUUGUUUUUGCCACCAUUUUCGGUGUCAGCUUAUCUGCAAAUAAUCUGCAUUAUGGAAGUGUGUUAGGAGCAGUGCUGACCGGAGUAGGGUACUUUACUAUAAUGUGGGGGCAGAUCAGAGAAGAUGAUGAGAAUAAGGAUCAGAGACAUCUGGAUUCUACAAAUUCUGAAGCCAAGGUCCCUCUCUUGGAAGAAGAUGUCGGUGUAUAGAUCAAUCUUCAUUAGAACAGAUAAAAUCUCAAUUGAAGGCUUCCUUCUACACAUGAAAAUUUUCAUUGGCAGAUAUCAUCUCUAAUUACACAUGAUCAGAGCCAUCGCUCUCUUGCCAAUUCGUAUCGAAUAUAUUACAGUUGAAUACGCACAAGAACUUUAAGAUCAAUUCAUCAAGGUUCUUUGAUGAUUCACAUGGAAGGAAGUAUGCAUAUUUUCUGUGAAUAUGGCUGCAUGUCUGCAUAUUUUGUAUUUGUACAUAGUUUGGAUGUAUUGAGAGGAAGUUUCAUUCAUGAGAGAUUGUAUAGGGUGUAUAAAAACAUGUACUCUAUGUUGGGGGUGACUUGAAGCUCUGUGUU